GAUGUCUGCCUGAACCAAGUCGCUUCGCUAGCUCGCGGUACAUGGCUACUUCGGUUGUUAGCAAGCUAACGAACUGGUUUUUUGGCACAGUAACGCAAAAUAUUUAGUUCGCAGCCGAAAGAAACGUUCUAUUGUUUCAAGCGACUUAGUUGCACUUUAUAUAUUUGUAAACAAAGUGUUUGUUGCUUAUGCAAUACGGUACUGGAACUCCCGAGGCAAGAUGGAGGACGCAAGGACGUGAUGUUUUUUUAGGUAACGUUAGCAGUAGCUGUUAGCAUAGCUAACUAGUGGGAGUUAUUAUCAGCUCAUUAAUUACAGCAUAUCUGUUUUGAUUAUUUGCUUUAUCUUCGGGCAAGCACUGGACACGGCUGGUGGGUAGACAGAAUGCAGUUACUGUCCUUGGAAACAUUGGUCACAUGCAACUUCUCCUGUCUUGUAUUUUCUGAGGAUCUCAAGCCAGUCAUAAGUUGAAGUUAUCCAGAAGAUGUUACAGAAAUGAUAGCAGCACCAGAAAUACCAUCAGAGUUCUCCUAUACUCAGGAUACAGACACCCGAUUCUCUUCAGACACAGACUUCUCUGAGGAUCUCGAUGGAAGGAGUACAAUCUCAGCUAAAGGAAAGGGUGGGAAGAAGGGGAAGAAGGCAGCUGGGGAGAAAGGCAAAGGAGGGAAGGGAGCAGGCCGGAUAAAUGGCCACCACCAGGAGAAUGGCAUGGAAAACAUGAUGCUGUUUGAGGUGGUGAAGCUGGGCAGGAGUGCAAUGCAGUCUGUCGUUGAUGACUGGAUUGAGUCUUAUAAACAUGACAGAGAUGUUGCACUACUAGAUCUCAUCAAUUUCUUCAUCCAGUGCUCGGGAUGUAAAGGUGUGGUCAGCGGAGAAAUGUUCCGCAACAUGCAGAACUCUGAGAUCAUCCGACGAAUGACAGAGGAAUUCGAUGAGGACAGUGGUGACUACCCUCUAACUAUAGCAGGACCCCAGUGGAAGAAGUUCAAAUCAAGCUUUUGUGAAUUCAUUUCGGUGCUAGUGCGCCAGUGUCAAUAUAGUAUCAUCUAUGAUGAGUACAUGAUGGACACAGUCAUCUCCCUUCUCACCGGACUAUCAGACUCCCAAGUCCGAGCCUUCAGACACACCUCAACACUGGCAGCCAUGAAGCUGAUGACAGCUCUGGUGAAUGUAGCUCUAAAUCUGAGUAUCAACAUGGACAACACCCAGCGCCAGUAUGAGGCAGAGAGGAAUAAAAUUGUGGCCAAAAGGGCUAAUGACAGGCUGGAGCUGCUCCUGCAGAAACGCAAAGAGCUCCAAGAAAAUCAGGACGAGAUUGAAAACAUGAUGAAUGCGAUAUUCAAAGGAGUGUUUGUUCACCGAUAUCGUGAUUCGAUAGCAGAAAUCAGGGCAAUCUGUAUAGAAGAGAUUGGAGUGUGGAUGAAACUCUAUAGCGAUGCCUUCCUCAACGACAGCUAUCUGAAGUAUGUGGGAUGGACGAUGCAUGAUAAGCAAGGCGAGGUACGUCUGAAGUGUCUGACAGCUCUGCAGGGUCUCUACUACAACAGAGAACUCAAUGCAAGACUGGAACUCUUCACCAGUCGCUUCAAGGACCGUAUUGUCUCCAUGACUCUUGACAAAGAGUACGACGUUGCAGUACAAGCAAUUAAACUACUCACUCUAGUCUUGAAUAGUACAGAUGAGGUGUUGACCCCUGAGGACUGUGAGAGUGUCUAUCACUUGGUCUACUCAGCACACAGGCCUGUUGCCAUUGCAGCUGGAGAAUUCCUCUUUAAAAAAUUGUUCAGCCAGCGGGAACCAGAGGAGGAAGGUGCCCCCAAGAGGAGAGGUAGACAAAGCCCCAACGCCAACCUCAUUAAGACCACUGUCUUCUUCUUCCUGGAGAGUGAGCUCCAUGAGCAUGCAGCCUACCUAGUGGACUCCCUCUGGGAAUGCGGUGCAGAGCUACUGAAGGAUUGGGAGUGUAUGAUCAGCUUAUUGCUAGAUGACCCAUUGCCAGGAGAGGAAGCUCUUACAGACAGACAAGAGACAGCCUUGAUUGAAAUCAUGCUGUGCACUGUACGCCAGGCUGCUGAAUGCCACCCACCUGUUGGAAGAGGCACAGGGAAGAGGGUGAUGACAGCUAAAGAGAAGAAGACUCAGCUGGAUGACAGAACCAGAAUGACAGAGCUGUUUGCUGUGGCAUUGCCCCCUCUACUGGCCAAGUACGCUGUGGAUGCAGAGAAGGUGACUAAUUUGUUGCAGCUGCCUCAGUUCUUUGACCUGGAAAUUUAUACCACAGGUCGUCUGGAGAAGCACCUGGAAUCCCUGCUGCGUCAGAUAAGGGAAAUUGUGGAGAAGCACACAGACACUGAAGUUUUGGAGGCCUGCUCCAAGACUUACCAUGCCCUCUGCAAUGAAGAGUUCACAAUCUUUAACAGGGUGGACAUUGCCCGGUCCCAGCUGCUGGAUGAGCUGGUGGACAAGUUCAACAGGCUACUGGAGGAUUUUCUACAAGAGGGUGAAGAUGCUGAUGAAGAUGAUGCUUAUCAGGUUUUGUCAACUCUAAAAAGGAUCACAGCAUUUCACAAUGCACAUGACCUGUCGGGAUGGGACCUCUUUACCAGCAACUUCAAGCUGCUCAACACAGGCAUAGAGAAUGGAGACAUGCCUGAGCAGAUAGUCAUCCACUCGCUGCAGUGUACCCACUACGUGAUCCUGUGGCACCUGGCCAAGUCAUCUGAGGGCAGCUCCAGGAAGGAUGACCUGGUUACCCUGAGGAAGCAGAUGAGGGCAUUCUGUAUGAUGUGUCAGCGCUACCUCACCAAUGUCAACACAGCCGUCAAAGAACAGGCAUUCACCAUCCUGUGUGAUCUCCUGCUCAUCUUCAGCCACCAGAUGGUGUCCGGAGGCAGGGAACACCUGGAGCCUCUGGUCUAUUCCCCAGAGGACUCGCUGCAGUCCGAACUGCUCUCCUUCAUCCUGAACCAUGUCUUCAUAGACCAGGAUGAUGACACAAAUAGCACAGAUGGGCAACAGGACGAUGAGGCGGUAAAGAUUGAAGCUCUACACAAGAGGAGAAACCUCCUGGCUGCCUACUGUAAACUGAUUAUCUACUGUGUGGUAGAAAUGAAGACUGGAGCUGACAUCUUCAAACAGUACAUGAGGUAUUACAAUGAUUAUGGUGACAUCAUCAAGGAGACUAUGAGUAAGACUCGGCAAAUUGACAAGAUUCAAUGUGCCAAGACGCUCAUCCUCAGUCUGCAGCAGCUGUUCAAUGAAAUGCUGUCUGAACUGGGUCAUGGGUUUGAUCGCUCCUCCUCUGCAUUCUGUGGAAUCAAAGAGUUGGCCCGUCGUUUUUCUCUAACCUUCGGUCUCGACCAAGUCAAAACCAGAGAUGCCAUCGCUAUGCUGCACAAGGAUGGUAUCGAGUUUGCAUUUAAGGAUCCCAGUCCCCAGGGAGAAGGAGGCCCUCCCCUCAACCUGGCUUUCUUGGACAUCCUCAGCGAGUUCUCCUCCAAGCUUAUGAGACAAGACAAGAGGACUGUCCACAUGUACCUGGAGCGCUUCAUGACGUUCCAGAUGGCACUGCAGCGAGAGGAUUGCUGGCUCCCCCUCAUCUCCUACAGGAAUUCUCUGCAGGCUGGUGGUGAUGACGAUACCAUGUCGGUGAUGAGUGGCUACUCCAGCAGAGGCUCCUCCAUCCGCUCCAAGAAGAUCAAGCCUCCUGCUGCUACAGCUGGAACUUCAGCAGCCAAGAGGAAGCUGCCAGAAGAGGAGAGCAGCAGCAGCGAGGUGUGGCAGCAGAGCAUGCAGACCCCAGUCAUGUUGCCGUCCCCCCACCUCACCUCCACUGCCAUGCGAGACCCUAAGAGGGGCCGUGAUGACAGCUUCAUGGGGGUUUACCCCCUCCCUCACGACCAGCAGCAGUCUCACCAACACCCACAGCACCAUCCACAGACGCCUCAGCACCACCAGACACCCAUGGAUUACAAUUCCCAGGUGACGUGGAUGCUGGCUCAGAGACAGCAAGAAGAGGCACGCCAGCAGCAGGAAAGAGCCAUGAACUAUGCCAAGCUCAGGACCAAUCUGCAGCAUGCUAUUCGUCGCGGCACUGGGCUUAUGGAGGAAGACGAAGAGCCAAUUGUGGAGGAUGUGAUGAUGUCGUCUGAGGGUCGUAUGGAUGACCUCAAUGAAGGCAUGGACUUUGACACCAUGGACAUUGAUCUGCCACCUUCUAAGAACCGUCGUGAGAGGUCCGAGCUCAAGCCAGACUACUUUGACCCUGCUUCUAUCAUGGACGAAUCGGUCCUUGGGGUGUCCAUGUUUUAAGCUAAUAUCCAGAUGACUUUGACGCUGGGAUAACAGAAGAGGCGCUUUGUAUUUAAAGAGAAUUUUAGAGGUGAAAACAGAAGUGUUUUCUGUAAGAAAAAACAAAACAAAAAAAAUUCUGGCUUGUACUCCACGUGGACCAAUGACAACCCACACUCAGUGUUGCUUGCUCAGAGAGGACUUUGUUUCAAAUAUUUACUUUUAUAAUCUUGGGUAAGCUCUUCCUGUUCAGAAAUAGUGUAACAGGCCACUUCCAAACCUAUUAGAAAUGAGACAUGUCUGAAGAAAAAUCCAUGAUAGCUUUUUUUUUUUUCCUUUUUCUUUUUUUUUUUUUAAAAACGGGAUGAAUUGGUGUGUUUAACUUAAGAAACAUUUUUUGUUUAUGUCUAACCCUUUUUACAAUUGUAGUAAGUUACCAGGUGUGAAGUAGUAAUUUAUAAACAGACUGUAGUAGCUUGCUUGUACUGUGUUAGCCAAGUGGAUGGAGGUCUUUAUGUUUCUGUGCUUUUUUUUUUCUUAGUUUUUUUUUUUUUCUUCUCCCUCUAUCUCUUAAGUUUUUUUCCGUGUUGAGGGGCCUGAUUUGAGGUCCUGAUAACCACUGGUGGUUAAGAUGGUGAGAUGUCACGUAGAAUCAGUCAUGAUCCCUUUAUGCUGUGAAGAUUCCCAGAGUCCACUGAACGCUCCACACUGUUAAGCAGUAAGUCCUAGAGCUUACCCUAAGAUUUGGACCACUCCUUAACCACCAUCUACUUGAGAAAUGUGUCCACCCCCCCCAACAAUGAGCAGAUUUUUAUCCCAGUAGUGCCACUGUGUGGGCUCUGGCAGAAAGCAGCUCGGUUAAAGAAUUACACAUCUUCUUCUCUUAAAAUCCAGCAGCAUAAUGUUGAAAUGGGUAUCUCUACAUUUUAAAUAAAAGUUAUAUAUGAAUCGGUGCUGAUUUUAUAUAUGUGCUUUUGGUUUUCUUAUUUUCAACUUUUCAACCUUCAGUCACAAAGUUUGAGAAAUGUGUAAGUAAAACAAAAAAAAAAAAUGAAAGCAUGUGAAGCCAUGCAUCAAGGAAGAUUUUUAAAUUUGUAUUUUUAUGUUUUUGUUUUUUUUUUUUUUUUCUUUUUGUCUUGAUAAUGUCUUCGGGUUUCUACCUUUUUUCCUACAUGUAAAUUAGUUUGGAUAAAACUAAUGAAAAGACUUGUGAAAUUCAGCUUUAAGGUUUUCUCAACAUGAAAAGUCCUGUCACAAAAUACUUAAAAUUUCAAAUGUUAAAAGUGAACGGUAGUCAUUCAGACAAUACUGAAAAUGAAAGUUAUUCAGCAGCGCUGUGGCAGCUAGACAAAGCUUAGAUUUUGACAUAUAUUUGUCACACACAAGUUUUGAUGAAAUGUUUUGUCUACUGAGGUUUUUAUUUUGUAGUCAUUCCAUGCUUAAGCCUUAAACAUGCUUGUGAAGGUCACCUUCUCUCACAGUAAUCUUCCAUGUCAGAGGAUCAGUCAUGUUUAAAGGUGGAUAAUUGGCUUCUUAGAACAUGAAACAUGAGGUGGUCAGAUGUAAUGUGAUAAAGUAGAUGAACAGCCUAUAUGUGUUUUGCCUAAUUAUUUUAUGUAAGUAAAAAAGAAAAUUCUUUUAAGGAAAAAGUACUGUUUAUUGUUUGUUACUUACCACUACAUUGGUAUAAAUUCUUAUUAGAUCAUGUGUAUAUAUACAAAUUUAAUUUUUUUUUCCCCCUUCCUUUUGGCCAUUUCUGUGUUUUUAUUUUUUUCUGCACUCUUGCCUACACUCUAAGUUGUUGUCUAUUAUCCCAUCCUCUUUCAGUCACUCUGUUUUCUGAUUUGUACUUGUCUGGAGACAGUAACUUUUGAAUAAAAAUCAACACAUUUCA